UCAGAAAAAUGGUAAACUAAUUUGGACAGGAAGGGGUUUAUGCCGGAAAUUGAAAUGUAGGAUGAAAAUUUCCCCCGGAAAUGGCCGAUUGUAGAGAAAUCGGCGAGAAAUAAGAAUGGACGACAGGACGGACGAAUCAGGGUUAGUGGAGGAGAAUAUGGAUCCCCGUUUAGUUGCAUCCUCCCUGGAGGUAAAGCUUGAACCUGUACCCGAGGGUCUCCUGAGUUCCCAGAUCUAUCCUGGGAUCCAACCUUACUCCGGGUCCCAACCCUACCCAGUAGGUUUAGACUUUAGUGGAUCCAUCCCAUACAUACCUCCACCUCCACUGACGGACGGUGUUAAGGAUGAAGGAUUAGAAUCUGGAGCUCAGGGUUCUAAUGGAGACUACGGAGCUAAACUUGAACCUGGAGAUUCAGAAGAGAAAGGUGGAGGUACCAAGAAGUUUAAACACAAGAUCGGAGAAUUCAACUGUCCGGAUUGUGAAUAUUCUGCGAAACGAAAUGACAAGUUGAAACUACACAUUCAAACCAAACACGAAGGACUCAGGUUUCCAUGUGAGUAUUGUGAGUAUGCUGCACUCCGACCCGAUAAACUGCGAGAUCACAGAAGAAAAAAGCACGGGAUAGAAACCACAUAUCCAUGUGAUGUUUGUGAGUUUGUGGGAGAAAAUUACAGAAGUUUGCAGAUACACUUGAAGGAGCAUCCUGCGAAAACGGGGAUUUAUGGAUGUGACUCCUGCAACUUCACAACAAACCGUCCUUUCAAGCUACAGGAGCAUAUAGAGAAAAAGCAUCAGAUGAGAGUUCUAAAUUGCACUGAGUGUGAUUUUGUGGCAGAAACUGGACAGAACUUGAUAGAGCACAAGGAGGUGAUUCACAAAAUAAAGCAAUAUCCCUGCGAUGAUUGUGAUUAUGUUGCCAAAAGACCGGAUCAUCUGAAGAAUCACCAACGAAGAAUUCACGGAAAAGUGAUUACAACAACCUGGAGGCGUGGAGGAGGAGGGGGAGGGGGAGUUGGGGGCGGAGGAGGGAAACCAAUUGAUGAUGAAGAUCUGGAGGAUAUGGAGGAGAUAGAUCCUUCAUUCUGGUUGUUCCAUCAGAGUGAUACAAAGUCUGAAGAGGGAGAUAAGGAGGAGAAAAAGAAGCCUCAGGUGCAGGUUGUGGAGAGGCCGGAGGUAAGACAGUACUACGAGAAGGAACUGCAGUUCUUCAAGGUUGAGGACGAUCUGAAGGUGGAUCCUACAUACUCAGUCUCAGGAACCAAGAAGGUGGGUAAGAUGAAGAAGAAGAAGACUGGACCCGUGGUCACCCUCAAGUGUGAUGUUGAAGCGUGUGAGUACACCUGCUCCAGGUCGGAUAAACUCAGGUUCCAUAAGCGGAUUGUCCACGAGGGAUUGAGGUACAAAUGUGAUCUCUGUGACUAUUCCGGCACCCGGCCAGACAAACUGAAAAUGCACAAGAAGAGGAAACACGAAAAUCCGCAACCUAGGAAAGUGCGUACUGUCAAAUAUGUCAACGGACCAAAUAAAAAUUGCGAAAAAUGCGAUUAUGUCGCAGAUAAAGCUAGAAAUUUACGAGCGCACAUGAUUCGAAAUCACAGCGAUUCAGUGUUCCACUGUGAUCAAUGUGAUUAUGUUGCAACGUUUCAGUACAAUUUGAAGAAUCAUCAUGACAGGAUGCAUAGUGGGAAGGUUCUGCAGUGUGAGAAGUGUAGCUACUCUACCAGAGAUGCGAACAGAAUGAGAUAUCACGGUCAGAGUAAACACGAAGAACGGAAGUUUCCCUGUCAGUUCUGUGACUAUGUUGGAUCCGUUCUCAACGAACUGAAGAGACACAUGAGAAGAAAACAUGGCAACGACAAGUUUAAAUGCGACAUGUGUGACUAUGUGGGUAGACGAGUUGAUCACUUAAGAGAUCACAAGAAGAGAAUUCACGAGAACGCAAGGAAUGGCGUUAGUCCAGUUAAAGCACCCGUGUCUCAAGCAGCCAAACCGCAGGCCGAUCCUCCUAUUAUAGGUCCUGUACCAGGCCAAAACGAUCAGUUGAUCGACUACUCGAGAUCUCAUCAACCGCCGUUUGUUGAACAGAAACCGCCGUCUGAUCACAUACCGCCGAGUCAUUCUACCAUUGAUCCCAAACCUCUCAACUAUCCUAACUAUAUGCUAAGUGGACACCAUUUCCUUGUCGAUCAUUUGCCUAGAACUGAUCUUCGCAACGACAUGAUCCGAUAUGAACAUUUUCCGAUGCGAACGGAUCAUUUUGCCGGAACUCCGAUGUACCGCCCUGAGAGCUCGCAUCGGAACGACAUCACAGAGUCGGAUCUGAGAAACUUUUAUCUUCAACGUCCAGAUUUGCAUGUGCGUGCAAACAUCCCGGAUAAUUCGGUACCGAUCGAUCAUUCGAUGCCGCGUCCGGGCCCUGUCGAUCACUCAAUGUCGGUGAACGGUCCGAUUGAUCACUCGAUGCCAAGAAUAAACAAUGCUUCCUCAAGAAAUCAUACUCAACCUCGCCCUGACCUUCCCAUGGGCGGGCACCUCGGAUACCGGGGCGAUCUGACGAUCCCUAGACCGGACCUGAUGCAACCCCGCCUUGAUCAUCACAGGAUGGAUCAUAAGAUCGAUUACGGUCAGGCGGGUCAUCUAUCAAUACCUAGAACAGAUGAAUCACGACCCGAUAUGUCACAUCUAGAUCGGAUCUUCCACCAAGUGCAUUACAAUUAGAAGAUUUUCUUCCAGUAUUAAUCUUUAUGUACAUUUAUGUACAAGAGUUUUUAUGUACACUGUACAGUGUUUGAGAACUGUAAAUAUUGUUAUGUCUUGAAUUAUGUUAAAAACUUGAAAACUCUGACCGGAGUUUAUGAAUUCAUGAAUUUAUUUUUCAUGAAAGUUGACACAAUGUACAAAAAAUGUAAAUUGAUAUUAAAUGACGAAAUUAUUGGAAUAUGCUUCUGAAAACAGUGCAGAUCCAUUUCACAUAUUUAACAUAGAAACCCGUUUUUAUGCACUUAAUUGCCUUGCCGUAGAUACUUGAUACUGAACUUAAUCCCAGGUCUGAACCAGUUUUAAUUCUAAUCCUAGCUUUAUGUAAUAGAAGAUUAUGUAACUGAUCUUAGAAGAUGUGAACCUGACCUAUGCAUAUGUAAACUUGUUAAUGUAUCACCUGGGGAAACUAUUUUUCUAAAAAUGAGUUUUUAAAUAACAAAUUUUUUUUCACGUAACUAGCUUCAUUUAGUAAAAUAUGAACUAUGGAUGUAAAAUGAAAAAUAUUGUAGAACUGAGCCGCUUCACCUCAAUAUUGCUAAUUCACAGUAAUUCGGAUCAGACUACCUGACCUACCAAUUACCAUUAUCAAAUUUCGAAAAAACCGCCAGUUGAUGGAAGGAAAUCUUCCAAAUGUGAUCUUAACCUGCCAAUUAAUAGCAAGGAGGACCCCGGGUUAUAGAUAUUCGUCAAAAAAUGUAAGACCUUUUUUUCUCUCAUUGUCUGGACCCACACUUAUGACUAACGAUGAGCUAGAAGUAUUGUUUGCAAAUUCAUUAAUGAAUAUUUGACAACAACAAAAAAUUAUGAUUUAUUUUAACUCGCCAUUUGGGAGUGUUCAAUGGUUCUCUCUUAUUUAAUUUAUAUGAAAGAUAUUCUUUUCUAAAUAGUAAAUAUAUGCAUUACAAGUUU